CUCUCCUCUCUCUCUUUCCGCUGUGUAAGAAGGACGUGUUUGUGCCUAAAGGUGCUCGGUUCUUCUAACGAAGCUAAGGCCUUUUAAUCCGGCGACUAGCACCGUCUAAAUUAGGCAUCCAACUCCUAAACUCGAAUAUAUCAGCAGAAAAAUGGCUUCUGUCUCUGAGCUGGCCUGUAUUUACUCCGCUCUCAUCCUCCACGAUGAUGAAGUUACAGUUACGGAGGACAAGCUGAACGCCCUGAUCAAGGCUGCCGGAGUGACCAUUGAGCCUUUCUGGCCUGGUCUGUUUGCUAAGGCUCUUGCCAGUGUGGACAUCGGUAGCCUGAUCUGCAACGUGGGUGCUGGCGGUGGUGCAGCACCAGCCGCUGCUGCUGGUGUAGCCGCUCCUGCUGCUGGUGAUGCACCAGCCAAGGAGGAGGAGAAGAAAGAAGAGAAGAAGGAGGAGUCUGAGGAGUCUGAUGAUGACAUGGGCUUUGGUCUCUUUGACUAAUGCUUUUUCUGGUCAAAAAAUAAAAAACUGACUCCAA